AACCCUGCUCCCCCGAUCUCCCCCAAAUCCCCAAACCAUGGCGGCUGCUGCAGGAACACGCCGCGGGCUCUCCGCCCUCCUCCGUUCCUCCCGCGCCCUCCCCCGUCGCUUCCUCCCCCUCGCAGCUGCCGCUGCCGCUGCCGCUGGCUCCCCAGCCCACCUCUCUCCCUUGGCGCCGCCAUCGCGAGGGGCGAAGACGGCGUUGCCGGGGAAGUCCGGGUACUCUCCGCUCAACGACCCGUCCCCGAACUGGAGCAACCGGCCACCCAAGGAGACUAUCCUGCUGGAUGGCUGCGACUACGAGCACUGGCUCAUCGUCAUGGAAUUCCCCACCGACCCCAAGCCCACCGAGGAAGACAUGGUAGCCGCCUACGUCAAGACACUCACCGCUGUCCUCGGAAGUGAGGAGGAGGCAAAGAAGAAGAUCUAUUCAGUAUGCACUACAACUUACACAGGGUUUGGUGCGCUGAUUUCGGAGGAGCUAUCAUACAAAGUUAAAGGAUUGCCUGGAGUUCUUUGGGUAUUACCUGAUUCGUAUUUGGAUGUGCCUAACAAGGAUUAUGGAGGUGAUCUCUUUGUAGAUGGCAAGGUCAUUCAUAGGCCACAAUUUCAAUUCACUGAGAGGCAGCAGGUAAGAAGUAGACCUCGUCCUCGCUAUGAUAGGCGACGAGAAACUAUGCAAGUUGAGCGAAGAGAUACAAUGCAGAGAGGUCCCUCAAUGCAAGAACACAGGCCACCAUUUUCCCAGCAGGCUGCUCAUAAUCAAGAGCAACAUCAAAUCAGGCCGCCAGGAGGGAACUAACUUUAUUGUACCUUACUAUUGAUAAUUAGGUUGGGGGUUGCCCCUCUCUCUUUUCCUUAUUUUAUGUUGAAUUUGUUGAACCUCUUUUUUAUAGCCAAAAAAGUUAAAAGAGAUCUGGGUUUGCAUGCA